UUGAUGGAGACUGAAAUGAAAUGAUAGCUCCACGGCAUGUUUCAACACAGAAUAUCUUGCUGUAUGUUGCUGUUCUCAUUGGAACGCCUUCUUGAGAACCUGGAAAACUGCAGCCGCUUGGUUUCAUUAACCAGCACGUGUGUGGUAUUUGUUUCCCAGGGACAAGGAGAGGCUUCAGCACGAUUGACGACAUCCAUCAUGGGCGACUGUGUAAACUGCAUCCGACGUCUCUUGAUCAUCUGCAGCGCCAUCAUUGCUCUGAUUGGUGCUUUCAUGAUAGCAGUGUCAGUGUGGAUCUUGAUGGAAAACGAUCCGAUCGGACAAGUCUUGAUGGGCAACUCCAUGGUGAGCACUUCCGUCAACUGCGUCAUGGUCUUGAGUGUGUUGGUCUUCCUUGUGGGCAUCCUGGGAUGCUUUGGAGCCAUCCGUGAAAAGCAGUUCACCCUCAGCUUGUUCUUCAUGGCCGUCAGCCUCAUCUACGUGCUGCAGCUGCUCGGUCUCAUCUUGGUCUUUGUAAACCGUGUAACACUCCAAAAGGAAUCCUUAACUGAGCAACUGAGACUAGCAUACGUCCCCAGCAACAAGAACGCACUCCAACUCUCCCCUGGACAAACAAAUGACCAGUCUCUCCCAGAAACUUCUAAAGAUCAUUGGAAGAAAGUCAUGGCUGAGUUUGGGUGCUGUGGAGUGAAUGGCAUGGAAGAUUUCAAGAACGAAACUUAUCGGGAUGACUGCUGCAACACCCUGGAAAAUCCAAGUCCUGCGCUGACAAGUUGCGAGGCAUUCGAUCUUGCCGACCCAGAAACCCACAAAGGAUUUAUGUUGGUGGGCUGCUAUGAAAAAGUCCUUUCCGUCUAUGAAACGUACCCCUUUAUCGGGGCAGCGCUGGUCAUUGUGCUCCUGGUCGUUGAGCUCUCUGCCAUGUUCCUUGCUGUGAUGCUCUACCGGGAAAUCUAGCAGCAGCUCCCAUCUGUGAAGUUUUUCGAGGAGGAAAUGCAGGCAGAAAGACGAUCAUCGAUCGACAUUCGUUGCAUUGAAUGUGUUGUCUAUUUAAUGAUCGGUGGGGGAACACGUGAAAUUCUUAAGCUGUCAUAGUUCACAGCUGGACUUGUGAGGCACUGGGUAACAAAGUAAAACACAAUUGGAGGUAAAAAUGCUGAGCUCAGUGCAAACGUAUCAUUUGUGGACCAGGUCUUGUAGAUUGGGGGAAACGUAGACCUGACAUGAGGACCAGCCUAAGAAGGCACUGCACUGACUUUUGGAAUUUAAGAAAAAUGUGCUCACAUGUCUCACCUGUUGUUUUUUCUAUUUGCAUUUCAAUUCUCUUUCAUGUAUAUCUACAAUUCUUUCCCUUUUAAUAUUGUAUAUUGCUAAAAAUUCUUCCUUUGCUAUGCCUUUUUCACAGCCACGUUUGUUUACAAUGCAUUGUACAAGCCCUGUAGUUGUCAGGCGAAGGCUAAUAGCUCUUCACAGACCUCCCAGAAUGUUAUUUUCUGCUUAUAUGGUGUAGCUUCCUGCAGGACAGUGGCAACUAGGCAUGUGCCACUUUAUACGAAAACAUCCCUGUUUGAAAACCACUAAAAUGACCCAUCAUACUGGUGGCGUGUGAUAGAAAGUGGAGGUCCACACAGCCACUACGUGGAAAUACUCUGUUGGAACUGUGCUUCGAGAUGUGUCAAAACUACAGGAGAGGGCUGUUAUGAUCCCAGUGGGCCCAUGCCAUGUUUGUGUAUGCCUUUUAGGGCUUGUAAAGGCAAUGGCAUUUCAAAUAAACCUGAUGUGUAUUACCAGUUCAGGACCUUUUGUCAUUUAGCACAG